CCUCACAAAGUCGUACCAGUGUCGCGUCAGACAUCGCCGAGUUAAGAUGUCGCCGCUGAGGAUCGUUGUGGCCGUGUUUUUGGGGGUGAUCGUGGUGGCCAGGGGCCAAAGGCAGGGGAAGUUUUUCGAUGCCAGUUUCACCGCCGACGGCGACACUUACAAAUGGCGCGCCGACCUCAACAUGGACCAGCUAGGGAAGACAGUCGACUCCCUUGUGUCGUCCUUCGACACCGCCCUCGACAACCUCUCCGAGACCAUCGAGAGGCAGGUGGACUCCUCCCUGCCCCUGUGGAUGAGGCCGCACCAGAACGUGGAGGACAUCGGAGCCAUCUCGGGCUCCCUGGGAGACGGCAUCGACGACGGCCUGAAGGUCUUCUUCAAGGACCGGAUCGAUGGCGAGAGGGUCGAGGGACCUGAAGCCGAUGCGGAGGCAGAGUUCGAUCCCACGAGGGGGACGGGGCCGACCCCACCCAAUAACCGACCCGGUUUCGGGUCGUCCUUCCCCUUCAACCCCUUCUUCCCCUUCGGUGGCUUCAACAGGGGCUCUGGAUUCAACCUCUUCUCCAACAGGCGUGGCUAUUGGUGGAAAGGCCCCAACGUGUGCGUCGACCGCGAGGAAGUGGACGAGGGCAUUGACUCCACCACCGACCCGACCCUGGAAUCCUCUGGCCCUUCCUUCGCCUUCUCCCUGGGGCACAUGGAGAUGACCACGUGUAGGGAUACAGCCUCGACCUACACUUGUACUACGAAAACGUCCAGACGAGGAAUCCACAAGACAGUGACCCUGACCUACAAGUGUUGCCAUGGGUACAUCAAGGAGCCUUCUGGCUGCACUGAGAUCGACAUGCGCUCGAUGCCGGACACCCUGGAAGACAUCGGGUCGACGGACUUCCUCUCGAUGACCCGGUCUGCCGGGAUGGAGGAGAUGCUGGCCGGCCAGAACCUGACUGUCUUUGCUCCCACCAACGAGGCCAUGCAGGAGUUCACGGCCGACCUGGAGGAAGAGACUGAGAUCGACAACGGCCUGGAGGUCGACCGCUCCCUCAACGAGGUCUACGCCCGGCGGCAGAGGUCGCUCGACGCUCACGACAUGGUGCUCGCCCACAUGACCCGCGGCUUCCACUACGCCAGCGACCUCCACGACGAGCAGGUCCUGCUCAGCCUGGCCGACAACUCCACCCUGCGGAUCAACACCUACAGCACGGUGCCCCCCUCGGCUACCGUCAACUGCGCCCGGCUGAUCUCCAUCAACCAGCACUCAGCCAAUGGCGUCGUCCACACCAUCGACCGUGUCCUCAGGCCCGUCACCAGGAGCCUGGCCGAGCUGGUCGCUGCCGACCCACAGUUUUCCAUCUUGAAGCAGUUGAUCAGCAACGCGGGCAUGCUGCCCAAGCUGCGUGAGCCCGGACAGCUGACCCUGUUUGCCCCGACUGACGCUGCCUUCAGGACCCUGCCCGAGCCCUUGCUCGAGUCCCUGCUGGAGGGUAACGCCUGCUUAGACUCCAUCCUGAAAAACCAUGUCCUACCAAACGUCAUCUGCUCAGCCGCAGUCCAGCAGGGCAAGGCCCGUACCGCCAACCUGCUCGACUCCUACCUCCUGCUGGAGAGGACAGACGAGGACAAGAUGUUCGUCAGCGGCGGAGGGAUGGAAGACGAGGCCUCGUCUUCCUCGUCUGCCCAGAUCGUGGCAAAAGACGUCGUUGCCACCAAUGGUGUCAUGCACGUGGUGGAUGCUCCGUUGAUGCCUCAGGAAGCCAAGCCCGUCCGCAAGGUCCUGGAAAGCCACAACCUGACCCGAUUCAUGGACCUGCUGGAGAUCGCUGGGAUGUCCGAGGAGAUGGACAGCCUGAACGACGUGACCAUCUUCGCUCCCUCCAACGCUGCCAUUGACUCCAUCCCCGAAGACGCCAAGCUGAAGAUCCUGGACGACCCAGAGCAGUUACGCAACAUCCUGAACUACCACAUCGUGACUCCCUCCCUGAAGGGUGAUGACGUCAACAAUAACCACAUUGCCGAUACCCGAGCUGACCUGCCCAUCAGGAUUAACCUUUACCCAAGGACACCCCUCCUGACUGGCCUAAUUCUCGGCCCAGGUGGCCGGAGGAGCGUCAAGCUGACUGCUGGUUGCAGUCCGGUCUCUGCUUUGGACUCCCGCGCCUGCGGGGCGGUGGUUCACGUGGUGGAACGCCUCUUCGUCCUCCCACAGGAGACAGUCAUGGACCACUUGGAAGAUAGCGGAGACUUCUCCAUCUUCACGCAGAUGGUCAAGAAAACGGGAGUCAACGAGACCUUGGCCCAAGAAGGACCCUUCACCGUGCUGGCCCCCUCGGACCACGUCUUCCGGACCCUGCCCAAAAACGAGCUGGACCACUUGAUGGAGGACGUUGAGCUUCAAGAACAGCUGGUCAAGCUCCACGUGCUUAACGAACACGUCUGCUGCGCAGGUAUCAACCCCAACACCUGGCUCUUCAUGGACCACAAGCGGACCCUGGACGGCCACUCCUCCGUACACGUCCGGCGGACCGCGUCAGGAAGACUCAUGGCCGGGCCAGCCCGGAUCACCCACUGCUCCGCCCCCACCCAGAACGGCCUCGUCCACACCGUCAACCAGCUCUUCAUGAACGUCAACCCCAACAGGAACGGAUCCGGAUCCGUCGGGUUGUCCGGAGCUUCGGUCGGGACCAAGAGGCCGAUCUUCUCGGCUCCCGCGCUGGAGGUGCUGUUCGGUUAAAAAUGGUGGGGCAGGGGGUUGGUUUAAGGUCUUUAAGGCAUGUUUUAUGAAGUGACUUAAAGGACUUUUCAAGUGGACUUCAGAAGGGGCUUCGAUACCUUUUAGAAAAAGGUGGCAUUUUGGGGUCUUCUGAGGAGCCUUUAAGUCUUUUAAACAGGGCUUCUUCAUUACCUUUUAAAGGGGAUGUUUGAGGUCUCUUUAAGGGACUUUACGACCUUUUAAAGGACCCCAACACCCCUUAAGGUUGCCUUUUAUAUUCCAUUACCAACCCGACCCCCUCGAUCCACAGCAUUUAACCAAACGCCACCGUUCUUGUUAAACCGCUUCUGUUCAUUAUUGUUAUUGUUAUCCUUAUUAUUCAACGAAUAGUUACCAGACCUUAACCUAAAUAUUUAUUCAGACCUUUUUUGACUGACCUGUGACCCCACAAAAGGUCAGCGGAUAAUACAACAGUUGUUAUAGUUUUAAGCAAUUUAUUUAUUGUAAUUCCAAGUAGAGGUCCUUAGAGAGUCCUACUAGAUAUUCCAGGUUUCAAAGUGCCUUGACCUUUUCCUUGCCUGACCUGACCUGUGACCCUACCAAGGUCAACACAUAAACAGAGGGUCGUAGGAAUUCUUAGAUAUUCCCAGUUGCAAAUUGUUGCGACUUUUUUCCUGACCAAGGUCUACAAAUCUUAGAUGUAAACCAGUUUAAUUUAUUUAUUGUAUUCCAAGUAGAGGGUCUUAAGAGAUUCCAGAUUCCCUGUAGAGUGAUUCUUAGAUAUUCCAAGUUGAUUAUUUUGACCUGUUCCUGACCUGUGACCUUCCAGGGUCCAAAACAUGCCACUUAUCAGCCUGAAAACAAACUUAUUUAUUACAUUCCAAGCAGAGCUUCUCGGAAAUUCCAAAUAUAUAGAUUCCAAGCUCUAAAUUCCCGAUUCCAAUUCACCGUGUGGCUUUUUACGAACGUAAUAGGGACCAAUUGUUUCCAUAAUGUAUUCUAAGUAGAUAUAUUGUUAUGAUAUAUAUUUAUAUAUAUAUUUGUAGCUACAAAAUAAAUUAUUGGAAAUCCA